AUAUAUCGCCACCUCGAUUUCAAACUCAGGCUAUUACGUGCGGUUAAUUAGGCCUUUGAGGAGCUGAUCGAAAGGAUCUGAUUUGUUCUGUGUAAAUACAUUACACUUCAAUGGCGUUGGAGCGUUUAUCUAUGGAAUGGAGAACUAAGUUUCUCGAUUGGGAUCUAUCGAUUUCACGUGGUAGUGUAGAAGUUCGAAGUUUCGCACGUUACCUAAAGUAUACGAACUGGUAUUUGUCUUACAUCUCAAACUAUAGUGGCAGCGCUUACUCAACUAUUUCUGUGCAACUUCAUAGGGACAAUCAUGCUAAGAAACUUAAAGUAGUGGGAAAUUGCUACAUUUCAUCAGAAAAUAAUAUCUCUAAGGCAUACUUGGAUUGCAUUAUGCACAGCGAUGUCAAACACAUAGAAGUUUAUUCUAGUGGAAGAUAUAUACCUAAAAAAAACAUAACUAUAUACCUUGACGCAUGGAUUACGGAAUUAACAGAAACGGGAGAAAAAUCAGUCCAGACUCAGCCAACAUUCUUUAAGCUGCCGGGCGAUAUGCAUGCAAUGUAUCAGAAGCAGGAACACUCAGACUUGACUGCCAUCUGCCAAGACAAAGAAAUCCGUGCUCACAAGUGCAUCCUUUCGGCCAGAUCUCCAGUAUUCGCUGCGAUAUUACAGCACGACACAACUGAAAACCGCGACAGCCGAAUAGUCAUUACGGACAUCGAACCUGAUGCCUUCGAGGAGCUGCUGCAGUUUCUGUAUUGUGGUAAAAUAAAUCCGUCUACUUAUUCGAAGGCCUGUGAUUUGUACUACGCAGCUGACAAGUAUUUCGUGUCGGAUCUCAAAGAUCAGUGUCGUGAUUUUAUUACUUCUUCGCUAUCCACUACGUCAGCUGUCGAAACGUUAAUUUUAGCUGAUAGGCAUAAGAACGAAGAAUUGAUGCAAAAAGCCGUCACUUUUAUUACCUCUUCGUACCAGUGUAUAAAAUCAACAGAACCGUGGACUAUUCUUCUGCAAGAAAAUCCAACUCUCGCAACUAAAGUUCUAACUUUGGUUGAGGAAAACUCUCAUGCCGAAAGCCAUGGUGAUGUGUGACAUAUUUUGUGUUCCUUUAUGAAUCCGUAAUCGCAGGUUGUCACUGAAAAUAGAUAGUAUCUGGUCUAAUUAAUCUGAAGUAACAUGUAAAAUAUGAUGAAGAAAAGUGUCAUUUAGGUAAACCAAAGUGUUUCCCAAUCUUGGGGCUAUGAUUCACAAGAUUGUCUUAAAUAGAUUUUUUGCUAUUGUUCGAAAGUAAGUAUUUCAUAUCUGCUGACACAUAAAAGCAAGUAUACUACUUUGAAAUUUCUGGUACUUAAAAAUGAUAUUAUGUGAACAUUUUAUGUGAAGAUGAAAAUAUUGUUUAAAAAUUAUUAUGGUUAGAAAUGAAUUCAUAAUUUUUCUCAAUUUAUACCAGCUGAGACUUCUUUAAAAAUGUAUUUUUUAUAGAUAGGAUUUGUUAUUCAUAGAAUUAUAGUUUUAAUAUAAAGUGUAUAAGUUUUGUUUCGUUAAUAACGCAACCUAGAUGUUUUAUGAUUCUUUCAUUCUUUUGACAAAUGAAGCAAAAGAGUAUGAAUGCUAUGUGUAAAUAAAAUCAAAUGUCUUCUGUAAUAGCAGUCCAUAAUUUUUCUUUAGGAAGUUCGUUAUAUUAAUUUUUUUUCUCGAACAUUUGUAUUACUGAAAUAUUGAAAAAAUUAAUUACCGAAAUUUUGGAAAAUGAAUAUAUGUACAAUAACUCAUGUAACUACAAAUUAUAUUUUUUGAGAAAUUCAUUAUAUUUUCGUUUUUUUAUUUCACGAAUAUAUUUGUAAUACUGAAUUAAAUGCUAAAAUCUGGGAAAAGAGUAUUAAUGCUUUGUAUAUAAUGUAACCAAUAACUUCCUUCUGUAAUUUCAGUUCAUAAUUUUUUUACGAAAUUCACAAUUCAUUUUUUUUUGUUUGUUUCCUAAACAUUCGUAUUAUUGAAAUGAAAAAUAUAAUUGCUAAAAUCUGGUAAAAGAGUAUAUGCAUACUAUGUGUACUUGUAAUCACUACCUUUUGUAACUGCAAUUCUUCCCAUGCAGCACGCAUUCGUAAAUUGCACGAGAAAAAUACGUGCAAUUUACGAACGGCCCUUUGUAUUAAAAAACGUUCAAGUUGAAAAAUAUCAUAAAAAGUGUCCAUAAAAAAACAGUAGAUAUUUACGUAUAUUUUCACGUUAAAAUAUACGUAAGUUUUACGCAAAAUUUAGGUAUAUUUAUGCAAAAGAUUAUGGUUCAUUCGUAACUUUUACAUAUAAUAUACGUCAAUUUCAGGAAUUUAUGUAUAUUUUACUAAACAUUUACGUAUAUUUAUUCCAUAUAAAUACAUACAUUUCUCCACGUUUUGCUUCACAUAUGCAUAUAUAUUUAGUAAAAAGUUACCUAAAUCUUCCCUAUUUUUUACUGUAUGUAAGUGUAUAUAUUGGACAGAAAUUUAUGUACAUACUCCCCGUAUUUUACGAUACAAAAUCGUAUAUAUUUGAUAGUAAUUUACCUAAAUCUUCCCUACGUUUUCUUUGCAUAUGCGAAUGAUUUAGGUAAAAAUUUAGUUCGAUGUUCUCUCUUCUUUACUGUGCAUAAAUGCACAUUUUUGGUAAACAAGUUUGCAUAAAACUUCAAUUACCUUUUUACUGCAUUUUUUGUAAAGUGUACCUAUUUUAAUCUCAUAUUUUUUAUAUAAAUCUAUGCAAAAAUAUUUUGCAUAUUAUGAUUAAAAGUGAAAAUAUCAUUUUUAUAAAACAUUUUUGCGUAUCCGCCUUUUAGGUAUGUACAGCAAAAUGAAAUAUAUAUGUAAGUGGAAAAUUUAAUGCACUAGUAAAUGCAAAAACAAAAUUCUGUUCAAAAAUUACGUUACACUUAAAGGCUGAAAAUCACUUUUAAUAUUUCAUAUUUCAUUUCAAAGUGACUACAAAGUAUGCAAUAAAUUUAGUAAACAUGAAUUCUAUGUUUUAAAUCAAUUAAUGCUACCCUACAUUUACAUGGCAUAUGAAAAUUUCCUUCGGAAAAACAAAUUAUUUUUUAAAGUAUUAUUUAGCGAAACUGAAUUUAGUAAAUAACUGUAGCAAACAAUUGUUUACUAAACUGCAUUACACUUAGUUACCGAAUUCAGUAAACGACUGUAGCGCAAAACAUAACAUCAUACAUUUAGAUUAUUUUAAUGAGUAUUUGUAAGUAUUUUAAUGAGUAAUGAGACCAUGAAGGAUAUUGCAGAAAACCUACCUUUUCCUAUAAUUACAAAGUUAAUUUUUUUUUGCUUACUUUCCUUGAAGAUGAAUGUUUAAUGUCCCAAAUAUUGCAUUCAUAACUUCAGAUAAUACGCGAAUAUACACUCUUAGAAAAAAAAAAAAAAAAAAAAAACGACGCACUGAGAAGAUAUAAAGCAAAUUGAACACAAAUUGAUAUGCAUACAGGUUUCGACAGAAAAUGCAAAAUUUUACAUUUUGGCUGCCAAUGAAUGAACGGUUGUCGUUACAGCGCAUCUGAUCUCUGCGCAUCUAUCCUGCAACUGGCAGGAUAUGAAGAGAAGAAAUUACGAUUCCAGGUUAUAAAUUCUUCACGAAUUUCAUUCCGUGUACUCUGGUAGACAGUAACUAUGCCUCCCAUAUAGAUGCGCGAAAGAUAUGCGCAGAUGUCAGAAUUUGAGAGAGGUCGUGUAGUUGGACUCAAAGAAGCCAGUUGGUCUUAUCGGCGAAUAGCUCGACAUUUGAGCAGGAAAGAUCCACUAUUAGACGAUGUUGGAAGGAAUGGGUGCACCAUGGCCGCACAUAGCGUUAAGAAGGAAGCGGUAGGCCUAGAGAAACGACAGAACGUGAAGACCGAGCAAUCGUCGAGCGGCACUCACAGCCCCAAAUGCAUCAUUAUCAUCGAUUUUACUUUCAACUAGUGCUUCAGUUACCGCAAGGUUGCAGUUGUUCCGGGCUCAUUCGCACUGGAAUGUCACAGACUGGAGUAGAAUAGUCUUCAGUGAUGAGUCUCGCUUUGACCUGAGUCCCGAGGACCAGCGAGUCUGGAGACGCACCGAACAGCGGUGUGAUACCAACCUGACUGUCUUCCGGCAGACAGGCCGACAACCAGGAGUGAUGGUCUGGGGUGCCAUUUCAUUUCAUAGGUUGUCAUCCCUUUGGUUGUCCCCCUUUGGCUGACCCCUUUGGUUUUCAUCCGUCGCAACCUUACAGCACAGCGGUACGUCGACGAAGUUCUAAGACCCGUUGUGUUGCCCUUCUUGUCACGACAACCUGGGCUUACAUUUCAGCAAGAUAAUGCCUGCCCCCACACUGAACAUGUUUCUAUUGCUUGCCUUAGUGCUUGCUCCAACCAGCUCCGGAUGUUGACGAUCUAACGAGCCAGUUGGACAGGAUUUGGAACCAUAUCCCUCAGGACGACAUCCGCAACCUCUAUCAAUCGAUACCAAGCCGAAUAACUGAUUGCAUAAGGACCAGAGGUGAACAAACGCGUUACUGACUUUUCAUUUUAUGAAGCUCUAUCAAUUCAAUAAAUCAUACAAUUUUUCUCAAACUGUAAUCAUUUGUUUUUCUGUACAUGUAACUCCUUCUUGGUGCGUCUUUUUUUUUUUUUUUUUUUUGUCUAAGAGUGUAUAUAUUUAUUUGUUAAAAUUAAGUCUCUAUCAAAAACGUAUUAAAGAAAAUAAUAUUAAUUAGCAUCUGUAAGUUAAUCAUGUAACUUCUGUUUUUAAAAUUUACGGCAUAUAGUUUACAGACAUAAUUAUGAAAUGGAAACAUUUUAUAUUUAUCAGUCAAUCUUGCAAUGCAUUGUAAUCUAUUAUUGUUAGCUUUCUCAGUUUUAAAACUUAUAAACAUAUUAGAUCAGUGCUAAUUGUUCACUGCUUUAUCGAUGCAUUUUUAAAAAGUUCCUUUUUACAAUGUAACUGAUAAUUUCAUAAAAAAAUUAUAGUUUCAUAAAAUUACGCAAUUUUUAAAUUAUCUAAAUAUGUUCUUUAUUUUUAUGUUAAGUGCUUAAAUUGUUGACUCUUAUAUUAUUAGCAUUUAAGACAUAAGCUAAUAAAGAAGACUGUAAUUACCGUAAAUUACUUUUGAAAGUCAAGAGCUUAGUACGAGAAAACAGAUUCAUAUUCGAAACUUAGCCAUUUGAAAGUAUUUUGCAUAAUUGAAGAGGGAUAAAUAUUAACAUUUAUUAUCAUUAUUAUGCUUGAGUAUUAAGAAAACAGCAUUUCAGUCUGAAAACAUCAACUGCUCGUAAAAAGUAUAAUAACACAAUUUAAUAAGAGAAAAUGAAACAUAACAUAUAUGAAAUGUGAUUACUAACGAGUGCAAACUGAAUUGAAUUAGAGAGCAAGCAAAUAAAGCUUACUGCAAGCACAUUUCAGUUUUAAUAAAAGUAAAUAACCUAAAACAUAAACUAUGUUUAUAUCUUAAAGCAGUUAGCAUCAAAAAAUUCAAUCGCAAUGAUAAUAAUGUUACUUUUAUAAACCAGAUACUAUUUAUAGUAAUAAAUGCACUUAUUCUAAAUUGGAGUGAUAAAGUUAAAUAUUUAUUUAUUAGAGUGAGAAACAUGCUUUACUUUUCUUUUACAAAAUGCUUCGUAAAAAUUCAACUUAACCUCGUUUUUUCAACAAAUUUAGAAUCUGCAAAUGACAUUCUGAAUGCCUUUAAAAGAUUUGAGGUAUUGCACGAAAAAUCCAUUUGUUAAAUUAAAAACAUAAAGCUUACCAUUCAAAUGCAAUUCACUAAAUUAGGAAAAUAAAUGUUUAUUAUGAACGCAUACCUCUCUCUCUCUCUCUUCUUUUUAUAAAUAACAACCUUUAAUAGGUGGAAUUAAAGUGUGAUUUAUUUACUUAAUAAAUUUAUUGUUCAGAACAAAUAGCACAAUAAAUUGUUUUGUUGUUAUCACAGAACAAAUUUAUUGUUCUCGUAAUAAAUAGAAAUGUUUAGCCAUUGAUCUUAAAAAAGCAGCUUUAAAAAAAAAAAAAAAAAAAAAAAAAAAAAAAAAAA